AUGGCUAGGAUCAAGCCUCAGGCUCUGUUACAGCAAAGCAAAAGGAAGAAGGGACCUUCUCGCAUUAGCGCGGCCAGUAUUAUAUUUUAUGCUUUGAUUCUUGUCUUGGUUGGUUUUUUCCUUUUGGCUACAUACAGACAUUGGUCCAACAGAUCAAGAUUGCAAUUAGAAAAUAACUCGACAAUAUCUGAUGAGGCUGAAAAUAGUUUUCCGGACUCGAAGAAAUCUGAGCUACCUGAAUAUGCUGUUUUAAAUACCUCUAAAGGGUCGAUAAUAGUAGAAUUGUACAAGGAAAGUGCUCCUGAAGCUGUUGAUGAAUUUAUCGACUUAUGUCAAAAAGGGCACUUCAAAGGGAUGCUUUUUCAGCGCGUAAUUAAGCACUACGUGAUUCAGGCAGGGGAUGGCCAAGGAACAGGAGCAGCUGAUUGGAACUUAAGAGGAAAGCAACCUACAAGUAUGAAACACGAAGCGUUCAUGCUUGGAACAUCCAAGGGCAAACACACCAACAAAGGAUUUGACCUCUUCAUUACAACUGCACCGAUCCCAGAUCUUAAUGAGAAGCUUAUUGUGUUUGGGCAAGUCGUCAGGGGAGAGGAUGUUGUUCAGGAAAUUGAAGAAGUGGAUACCGAUGAACAUUACACUCCUAAAAUAUCUAUUGGAAUACUUGACGUGACUCUCAAACAAAAGAUCUGA